AUGCGAGGGCCAGGAGGAGGAGUUGGGCCCGCGGCGGCGGCGUUCGGCCCCGGCGAGCCGCCCCCGGCCGCGGAGGAGGUGGUGGAGGAGAACUCCGGCGGGGAGGAGGAGGAGGAGGAUGGGCUCGAGCUGGGGCUCUACCUCGGCUCCAGGAAGCAGCAGCUGCCGGUGACGCCGGCGCCGUGCCGUAUCCUGACGGCCAGGGACCUGCAGCCGGCGGCCGCGCUGUCCCCGGACUCCUCCGUGUCCUCCUCCUCCCCCGCCGCGGCCAAGCUGGAGGAGGGCCCCGCGCCCGCCGCCUCGCCGGGGAUCCUCGCCUCCGGCCACCCUCAGAGCAGCUUUGGAGUGGUGGGAUGGCCACCAAUAAGAACAUUCAGGAUGAACAGCCUGUUCGGCCAGGCGAAAGACAAUGCCUCCGAUGCCGAAACCAAGAAGGCCGCCGCCGAUGAGUCCGGCUCACGGAAAGACAAGGAGGAGGGCGAGAAGAAGGGCCGGGUGCCCGGGUGGGUGAAGGUGAACAUGGAUGGGGAGGUCAUUGGGAGGAAGGUGGACCUCAACGCCCAUCGCUCCUACAAGACCCUUGCCUUGGCCCUUGAGAUCAUGUUCACCAAGCCAUCCGCCGGUCUUUGCGCCUCUAAUAGCACGAAGUCUCUGAAGCUGUUAGAAAACUCUUGUGAAUACCAGAUGACAUACGAAGACAGGGAUGGUGACUGGAUGCUUGUUGGAGAUGUCCCUUGGGAAAUGUUUGUUGGCUCCGUGAAGAGGCUAAGGAUCAUGAGGACAUCGGACGCCAGUGGUCUCGGGCCACGGUUUCAAGCCAACCACAGAACAGCGAGCAGCCAGCCGCUGUGA